UAAUCUCUGAAUCCACAGUGCCUCGAACGAAAUAAGCAUUGCAAUAAAUCUGCAGAACUUAAGGCAGGAGAAGGAGAAGUGAAAACCGAGGAAGCAGGUUAGUGUGAUCUCAACUCAAGCAAAAGUAGAAUAUCAUGGCCUCCAUCUGGGUUGGACACCGAGGGACAAUGAGAGAUUAUCCGGGCUUCAGCCCAUCAGUGGAUGCUGAAGCGAUUCGCAAGGCAAUCAGAGGAAUUGGAACCGACGAGAAGACGCUCAUCAGCAUUCUGACUGAAAGGACAAAUGCCCAGCGGCAGCUGAUUGUUCAGGCCUAUCAAGCAGCAUAUGGAAAGGAGCUGAAAGAUGACUUGAAGGGUGAUCUCUCUGGCCACUUUAAGGAGCUCAUGGUGGCCCUUGUGACUCCUCCAGCCAUGUUUGAUGCGAAGCAACUGAAGAAAUCCAUGAAGGGUGCUGGAACAAGUGAGCAUGCAUUGAUUGAAAUCUUAACCACCAGAACAAGCAGGCAGAUGAAGGAGAUCUCUCAAGCCUACUACACAGUAUAUAAGAAGAGUCUUGGAGAUGACAUUAGUUCUGAAACAUCUGGUGAUUUCCGGAAAGCUCUAUUGACUUUGGCAGAUGGCAGAAGAGAUGAAAGCCUAAAAGUGGAUGAGCAGCUGGCCAAAAAGGAUGCCCAGAUUCUCUACAAUGCUGGGGAGAAUAGAUGGGGCACAGAUGAAGAUAAAUUCACCGAGAUCCUGUGUUUAAGGAGUUUUCCUCAGCUGAAACUGACUUUUGAUGAAUAUAGAAAUAUUAGCCAGAAGGACAUUGAGGACAGCAUAAAAGGAGAAUUGUCUGGGCAUUUUGAAGACUUACUGCUGGCCAUAGUCCAUUGUGCCAGAAACAUGCCUGCCUUUUUAGCCGAAAGACUACAUCAAGCUUUAAAGGGUGCUGGAACUGACGAGUUUACUCUGAACCGAAUAAUGGUUUCCAGAUCAGAAAUUGACCUUUUGGACAUUCGAGCAGAGUUUAAGAAGCAUUAUGGGUAUUCCCUAUAUUCAGCAAUUAAA